AAAGUAUUUUUGCAAAAUUGAGGCGUUAUUAAUUGAAGGGAAAAUGGAUAUAAACGCUGAAGUGGCUGACAUUGUCGCACAAGCGUCGGAAUGGAAUUUCGCUGGAGAUUGCGCGCUGCUGGAGCUGAUGAAACGCAUCUCUCAGAAUCUGCACGAAAGCGGCGAACGCACCAGCCACAAAUUAAAGGAAUUCGAAACGAAUGUGAGGCGCGUUGAUAUUGCGUUAGAUAAUGCGACCAACAGUCUCCGUUCGCUGCAAUUUGGGCAGCAGUUCGUCGAGUAUCGCGUGGAGGAAGUGGACGACGAUGAUUUUGUCAUGCCCGAGGAACAGAAUAAGAAGCCAGAGCUUCCGGUGAAGAGUUCCCAGGAAAUGGCCAACGAAUUUCUGCAAAACAAUUUGAGGAUGUUUAGAAAGAACUUUGAACCGGUGACCAUUGAAUUACCUGACUCGGAUGACGAAGACGAUGGUGCUGUGAAUACCACCACUGUUUUUCGGGCUAAGAAUCCCUACGAUAGCAUACCUUUGCCCUACAUAAUUGGCUCCAAACAGUGGCAGGAGCAUAAGUAUGCCGGACUCUAUGACAGCGCCGAGAACAGCGAGGAUGAGCAUCCCGAGCAGUUCUCCUCGAGUUCUUCGGAUGAGCUGGAAACGGCUACGACUGCAGCAGCUGCUGCUUCUGCUCCAAAGCCUACUCCCAGAAGUCAGCCAGUGGAAAUGCAGCAAUCGGAUUCCUCCUCGUUGGCCUCUCUGCCCCAGGAGCCAAUUUCAAGGCCUGCAGCACAGCCUAUUGCGGCACCAGCCGCUCGCAGCCAGGCGCAACCGCGUCCAAUUAUCAGCAGUCAAAGGAAUCCACACGAGAGCGAUCUCUUUCAGGCACUGCGUGCUUCACCACCCAGCGACGAUCCGCCAUCCACCUCCUCCUCGCUGAACUCAUCGCCAGCCAUAUCGCACAGGCAUCUAACGGCGCAUGGUUUACCCCGUGUGGAUCACUCGCUCAGUUCGAGCAGCAGCAGCGCCAGCAAACCACAUCCUGUGGGCAGACAAUCGCCACCAAAACUAUUUGAUGAACCAAUAACAGUAGCUGCGCCAAUUGAAGUGCCUAUUAGCCAGGAGAGUGAAAUAAAACCAGCCGCUGCACCCAGUCAAAUUAAACGCAAGCCUGUAAAUCUCUUCAAUGAUGAUGAAUUCGAUUCGUUUAUGUCUGAAAUUGUGGACAAGGUAAAAUCUAAGUCUACCAACAGCCCAGCGACACCAGCCACUGUUGUCCACGCGAAGGAGCCACCUAAAGCAAAACCGGCCCCUGAACAAGUCAAACCUAUCGCACCUGCCCAGACGGCACCAAAGGAGACACCAUUGCGUAAUCAUAAUCUCUUCGACGAGAGUCCACCGCUGACACCCACCCUAAGAGAACAGCCCAAAGUUGCAGCCAUGACUGCUAAAAAGAUGCCCACCUCGCUUUUCGAUGACAAUCUGGAUGAUGAUGUAGAUGACUUCCUCAGUGCUUUUACGCCAAAGGCAAAGCCACAGCAGCAAGCUCCUAAAAUCUCCCUAUUUGAUGAUGAUGAUGAUGAUUUGGAUAUCGAUGAUAUAUUUGCCAAGAAGAUGCCGUCAAACCCACUGGCCAGCAAAAUGGUUGCAAAGACUUCGCUGUUCGAUGAUGACGAUGAUGAUAAUGCCAAUGAUAUAUUCAGUUCAACCUCAAAGCCUACUUCUCAGUCAUCUAAGCUGAAACAGGAGCGGGAACAAACGCAGCCACAGCCAGUUGCUGAGCCACCAAAUAUUCAGCGAAAAAGUCUCUUCGAUGAUAUUGGCGAUGAUGAUUUGUUUGGCACCCCCAAGUCAACCAAGCAGCUAUUCGUUGGAGCUAUUCAAGAGGAGCGGGACAAAGAGAAUAAGCUUAAGCAGCAGGAACAAGAUAUUUCAGACAGACCAAAGAAAAUCGAAGGCGUAAUAAAGACAGCUAAGCUCGAGGAACAAAAUGUUAAGGAUCUGCCCAAAUCGUUGGAUACUAAGAAUCAGGUUUCAAAAGAUAUGCAAGCAGCAAAAGUAGCAGAUUUGAAGACACCCGACCCAAAGUCAAAAGCCGAUCUAUUUAGUGACGAUUUUAGUGAUGAGGAAGCCAUUAAAGGAUUCUCUGAAGAUCAUCUCAAAACGCUUGAGGCAGCAAAGGAUUUGCCUAAUCCGGCAAAGGAAAUCAAAGUAGCUGAAUUGAAGACACCAAAACCAAAUCUAUUUAGUGACGAUUUUAGUGAUGAGGAAGCCGUUGAAGGAUUCGCUAGAGAUCAGCUCAAAAAGCCUAAGAUACCAAAGGAUUUGAAUGAUCCGACAAAGGAAAUUAAAGGGGCGGAAUUGAAGACACCAAAAGCAGAUAUAUUUAGUGACAAUUUCAGUGAUGAGGAAGCAAUUAAAAGCUCCUCGCUCAAAAAUGCAGAUGAAGCCAAAGUAACAAAUAAAAUUACAAAACCAAUAGUUGAUUUAGCUGCGAUUAAAACAACUGAGAAGGAGGAGAAUGGCAAACUACCUGCUCAGUUGGAGCCAACGAACAAAAAGGAAACUGAUGAUGCCGAGGAUGCAGCAGAGGAAGUGGAGCAGCAGCAUGAGAGGGCUUUAAUAAUGGAUGAUUUAUUCGAUAACCUAAAGCACAGCUCAGCAAUAGAAGAACAUGACGAGGAUCCCAUCAUCAGCCUGGUGGCAGAUGUAAGCAAUAAUAAAUCGAAAACAGAAAUCGGAACUCCAAAGACACCACCAGCCGAGGACAUUGCAGCCGCACAGCAAAUCAUGCAGAACUACUCGAGCCUUUUCUCGGAUGAGCCGCCCGACGAUAGCGAGUUCUUUCAGUCUCUUGGCACCAGCAGCCUGAGCAGUUUGAGCGCCUCAAAAAUGUUUGAUAGCGCUCAGGAUUUCUUCGAGCCCAACUUGCCAGACUUGCCGCAAAGUGGCUCAAAGGCAACGCCAGCAGCUGCGACGUCGUUGGAGCAAUCCAACAAGGAUUAUGGUGGCAUGCAUCUAUUUAGCGAUGUGCCGCCAGAGGAUGAUGAUGAUCAGAAUGAAGGAUUAGCUACCGCUGUGGCUCCUCUCAGUGUGGAGUCAGUUGGUGCAUCCACAAAGCGCAUACACACCAUCUUCUAUGAUGACUUCAGUGAGACGGCUCGUGCUGGCGCCAGCCAUCAGAUCAUUGAUGAGCCGCCACCUAUCGAUAUUGUGGAUAAGAGUGCAUCUGAGCCGCUCAAGCUUCCUUCACCCAUUAAAAAACUGCAAAUGCCCAAUAUAAAUAUCAAUGUCAAAGCGCUCCUGCCUGGCGGAGGCGCUUUGCCAAAGCUUCCCAAGAAGCAAGCAAAUACUCCAGCUUCAGCAGUAGCACCAGCAACAGAACCACCCCCAGCCCACCAAGCUGGCAAGUCCAGCUCGAGCGAGACGGAUAGCAUUCUUCAGUGUAUUAGUAAAACCCGCGUGCGUGGUCCAGCUCAUCGGCGUCCCUCGACUCGACGGGCGCGACAGGAGAACUAUGCCAAGACACUGUUAAAGGAGCAACCGGAUGACGCAGCUCCAAUAGCUGCUGCAGCAGACACUUCCAGCAUUGCACGCAAGACAGCACAGCUGCCCAGCUUUGAGAGUGAUGAUAAUAAUGAAGUUGCUGCAGAUGCUGCUUUGGUUAAACCACUCCAGCAAGCAGCUGCUCAUUCCGAGGAAACUCACCAAUUAACAAACUCAGCCAAGUCCUCAUCAUUUCUCGACAGCGAUUCGGAUGAUGAUGCGCUCUUUGGCAAAGGAGUGCAGAGAAAAUCUGCUGCAGUGUCUUCAGGUUUGCCAGCAGCUGUUUCAACUCUAUUGCCCACACAGCCACCGGAAGAUGACUUAAAGCCCCUUGCCAAGAAGGAACAAACUAGCAGUUCCCUCUUGAAACCAGCUGCAGCUGCUUUGGCCAGCCAACAGAUACCAAAGGAUGACUUCAAGGUGCCUUCAUUUUUGGACAGCGAUGAGGAUGAUCAAAGGAGUUACGGCUUUAGCCCACCAAGUGGAUCACCGUCGCCAUUAGUGUCCACAACAAGAACAAAUACCGGGCCCCCUAAAUCGUAUGUUUCAUUUUUGGAUAACAACGGUGACGAUGACAACUUCUUAUUUAGUUCAGCAUCAGUUGCGCCAGCGAAGCCAUCAGCAGCUGAACCACAGAUCAAGAAAGUUGCAUUAAAGCAAGACAAAUUGGCGUCUUCAUUUUUUAAUAGCGAUGAUGAUGAUGAUGAUGCACUCUUUAAGCCGGCACAAAAAGCGAAAGCAGUUUCUAAUUUGCCAGUCAAGAAACCUCUCGAAAAGGAAAUCAAAUCCACAGCUGCUUCCAUUUCUUUAAACAAACAGCAACCGGCAGAGCUGGUGACCAAGUCUAAGCCAAAGGCUGUUAAGCCCAACAGCAGCAAAUUGUUUGAUGACAGCGAUGAUGAUGAUGAUCUAUUUGGCAGCGCCUCUCUUCCCAUAACUAAAACCAAUCCCAAACAUACUCCGAUUCCUGCAGCUGAUCCUGUUCCAGCUGCUUUCAUAAGCCAAACUUCUGUCUUUAGCAGCAGCAGCAGCGAGGAGGAGAAGCUGCCCAAAUCCUUGAGCAACAAGUCAAGGCUGCCGACUAAACCAAGUAAAAGUCUCUUCAGCGAUGAUGACGAUGACGAUGAUCUGUUUGGUGGUGGAGCUGGCGUUAAGCGAGGUGCUGUUGUCAGUAAGGCCAAGAUCGUUAAAUCGGCUCCACGCAACGUGACCAAAAAGGUGCCCAGCAAGAUAACGGCCACGCCCUUGCCGGCAAGUGCAGGGAAUGCUUCCGAUAAUCCGCUGGCUGAUCUAUUGGAUCCGUGAGUGACUUUUAGUUAAUAUUAAAAAUAUUUGAAUAGAAUACUACAAGUAUAUAUGUAUUUACAAUUAUCGAUUUGUUAGAUAUAAUUAAACACAACUUUACAGAAAUCAA